AUGGUCGACAUUACCUUUCAAUUCGACGCAUUCAACUUUGACGGCAUUUGCAAGACCGUUCAGUUAACACUAUGUCCCAUCAUUGGCAGAGAUGAAGGCAUAGUGCCUGUUUGCUAUUCACGUAACGUGGAGCUUGCCGAUAAUCUCAUUUUCCAACCAGCCACAUUGAUCAUCGAUGUUGUCGCUAUCAUCAUGGUGGGCUUCAUGAUCUAUCACAUUCGCUCCAAGUACACAGCAGUUGGUCGCAAGGAGAUCGUCAUGUUCUUUUAUAUGUAUCUAUUAACGUUGAUCCUCGAAAUGCUUCUUCUUACUGGCAUCAUCCCUAUCUCAUCACCCGUUUAUCAAUGGUUUACGGCUAUCCAACUUGGUCUGAUCACAUCGUCAUGGUGGUGUCUCAUGUUGAAUGGUUUUGUUGGCUUCCAAUUCGCUGAAGAUGGUACACCAAUGUCACUUUGGUCAAUCCGCCUCAGUUCGUUGAUCAUCUUUUUGAUUACUGGAUUCAUUGCUAUUGCUACGUUUGUUGAACUUGGACCUUUCUCUCAUCGGAGUCCUGGUGCAUUAUGGGUGUUUUAUAUCAUCAUCAAUGGUGUCUUUUUCAUCACCUAUGUCAUCUCCCAAAUUGUACUUGUCUUGAGAUCGUUGGAUGAUCGAUGGCCUUUGGGUGAUAUCUUGUUCGGCUUUUUGUUCUUCAUCUUUGGACAAGUGCUCAUGUAUAUCUUCUCGGUGGCCAUUUGUGAUAAUACCAAGCAUUACAUUGAUGGUGCGUUCUUCAACACAAUUUGUACUUUAUUGGCUGUCAUGAUGAUCUACAAGUAUUGGGACUCUAUCACCAAGGAAGAUCUCGAAUUCUCUGUGGGUGCCAAGCAAAAUGUGUGGGAAGUCAAGGAAUUGAUGGCAGAGGAUGAGCUCAGCAGUCAUCGCAAUAGCAUGACACCUCUUCAACAGUAUCCUCCAUUUGGACGGCCGGCAUCUGGUGUACCCAUGCAGCAAUAUGGCCAACAAUACCAUAACCAAUUCGAUUAA